UUCUGUAUGAGGAGGUUGCAGGUGGAUCAUUGACACUUGUAUCACUUUUUAAGACCAAUAAGCUUCUCGGCAUCACAUAAACCGGGUGAAAAUGCACACUAAAUCAUAAAUAAUAUUCACCUUAAUAUAAAAACAGCACCUCCUUGCAGGGCACUCAACCAGACGAGAUCCCGACGGAGUGUAGACUUAGCAGCGCGCGAGGAGGUCCGGCCAUGUUGUCGGCGGAGGAGAUCCUGUGCAGCACGCAGCAGGUGAUCGCUGGGCUGGAGGCGCUGCGAGGAGAGAAUCGCAGCCUGCUGGAGAGCCUGCAGGGGACGUCCCAGAGUGCCGAAAUGAUGGUUGAAAGCGACUGCAGCGUGGAGCGUGAGAAGAGUGGCAUCAUACGACAGUCGCUGGACAGGAUCGAACUGGGACUCAGUGAAGCACAGGUGAUGAUGGCACUGUCGGCUCAUUUGGGUUCUCUGGAGGCCGAGAAGCAGAAGCUGCGAGCGCAGGUGCGCCGCCUGUGUCAGGAGAACCAGUGGCUGCGCGACGAGCUGGCGGGCACCCAGCAACGUCUGCAGGAGCGCGAGCAGGAUCUGGUCACGCUAGAAGAACACAAUAAGCAUCUGCAGUUCAUGGCCUCCAUGCGCAAGUACGACCAGGAGGAGGCACCGCCGCAGGAUGACAAGAACACAUCUUCCAACAAGGAGUCUUUGGAUUACCUUUUCCCUGGCGAGGCUGAGGAGUCAUCACAAAUGUCGACGUCGCAGCAUCACCACAGCAGUGCGGCAGCGGCAGCCCAACAAGGAGGCUACGAGAUUCCCGCUCGCCUCCGGACGCUCCAUAACCUCGUCAUCCAGUACGCCUCGCAGGGACGAUACGAGGUCGCCGUGCCCCUUUGCAAACAGGCCUUAGAAGACUUGGAGAAGUCGUCGGGCCACACCCACCCUGACGUGGCCACCAUGUUGAACAUUCUGGCACUGGUGUAUAGAGACCAAAACAAAUACAAAGAAGCUGCCAACUUGCUAAAUGACGCGCUGGCCAUCAGGGAGAAAACACUGGGAGUGGACCAUCCGGCUGUGGCGGCCACACUCAACAACCUGGCGGUGCUUUAUGGGAAGCGAGGCAAAUACACAGAAGCUGAGCCGCUGUGCAAGCGAGCGCUGCAGAUCCGCGAGAAGGUACUGGGCACAGAGCACCCUGACGUGGCCAAGCAGCUGAACAACUUGGCACUGCUGUGUCAGAACCAGGGAAAGUACCAGGAAGUGGAGCGCUACUAUGAGCGAGCUCUGCACAUCUAUCAGAGCAAGCUGGGACCCGACGAUGCCAACGUGGCCAAGACCAAAAACAACCUGGCCUCUUGUUACCUCAAGCAGGGCAAGUACCGCCAAGCCGAAGCGCUCUACAAGGAGAUUCUCACCCGAGCGCAUGAGAAGGAGUUUGGAUCUGUGGAAGGCGAUGCCCGGCCCAGCUGGUCGGGCGGCAGCGACCAAUCCGGGCAUCAGGAUGGCCCGCUGAGGCGAAGUGGCUCUUUCACCAAGCUGCGAGAGUCCAUACGGCGAAGCAGCGAGAAGCUGGUGCGCAAGCUCAAGGGUGUCGAUGUGGAGGAAGCCACUCCGAGGAAUGCUGGGAUGAAAAGAGCCAACUCACUCAACGUGCUCAACAUCAGCGGCGGAGAAAGUCAGGACGGCGGCCAGUCGCGCUGCCUGAUGGACCAUCGAGGACUCAGCUCCAGUACACAGAACCUCAACAGGCGAGGAUCACUCGGACCCAGUUAAGCGUCACAAACGCCCCGUUUAUACAGACAGGAUUUUUUUUUCCUGCUUCCCCCCAUGUCGCUAUUCUGUCGAAAUGUCACAAAAUGGGCCAAAAAUGCACUUUCAGAGGUAGCAUCAGAGUCGUAACUGAGAUAAAAAUGCUUGAAAGGAUUCCAUUUUCCUGCUUGACACCAUUCUUUCUUUUCCUAUGCCACACAAUUAAAUUAUCUGGACGUUGCCGUCUUGAGUUGUAAAUCACACAACAACCCCUUUUGCUGGGUUCUGUUAAACUUUGCAUGCAAGGGAGGCAUCUAUUUUCAUGAGGGGAAAAAAACGUUUGUUUACAUGCCAAUAUGAUUUUUAGGCCUCAAAAGAUAAUAGGGGGGCCGUUGACCUACAAAGUACAAAAAAAAAUGGCGGAUGAACACUAAUGUUAUUGAGGCGAGUUGUGCUUCUACGAUAUAAGCUAAGCUCAACAGGUGGAUAAAACUAAGUGUGUGGCGUUUCUGCAUCACCAUUUAGUGGCCUGUCCUCCUAAUGACACCGUCUUCGGCAAUCAUUUGACUAUUUGACAAACUUGCAUUCCAGUUCACAUGAUUUCUUGAAUUUAUGAAUAACUUCCACCUCAAUAUGAACAUACAUUUCCAGAAAAAGUUUUACAUUCCGACGAAUAAGUCUAAUGCAUUUUUUGCCUUGAAAUCACAAAGUAUUUUCAUCAUUUAUCAUCUGCGACAUGGUUUGUUUACAGUACAUGGAACGAUUGUGUUUCCCCCAACACGACCGAUGGAACUGACUUUUAUUUAACUCUUGGAAGCUUAUUGCACAUAUUAAACUGUAGCAAAUCAAGAACUGGCCCUAUAGAAACUAUUUAAUUUCAGCUGCACUGGAAGUGGAACUCUGAUUAUUUCAUAGUUUGGCAUGAGAUGCCGCAGGAUUUUUGAAAUAACUAUUUAUAUAUUGACACUCACCUUUCUACUCUCAUUGAAAUUUUAAGUUUUCAUUCAUUUUGGCUUUUUUUACUUGCUGUUUUGCUUUUACAAUCUUGAAUGUAGAUUUUGCUGUGGUGUAAAAUAUCACAUUGGUUGCAUAUAUUUCUAUAGAUACUCAUUUUAGUCAGUUGGUAUCGGAAUAACUAGAUGGGAAGUUGAAAUAAAGAUCAACAUAUUUUAGUGUU